UAUAUUUGACCCACCUUUCACAAAGGCCAGAACAAGAAAUCACCAUGUCCGAGCAGACUGAGCGUUCGUUCCAGAAGCAGGAGGCUGUCUUCCUUAACGCCAAGACCGUUAGCAAGAAGAACAACCGUUGGUACAAGGACAUCGGUCUGGGUUUCAAGACCCCGACUGAGGCCAUCGAGGGUACCUACAUCGACAAGAAGUGCCCGUUCACUGGCAACGUCAGCAUCCGCGGCCGCAUUCUGUCCGGUGUUGUUGUCUCGACCAAGAUGAAGCGCACCAUCAUCAUCCGCCGUGACUACCUGCACUUCAUCCCCAAGUACCAGCGUUACGAGAAGCGCCACAAGAACCUGGCCGCUCACCUCUCGCCCGCCUUCAUCGGCGUCGAGGCCGGUGACAGCGUUACCGUUGGUCAGUGCCGCCCCCUGUCCAAGACUGUCCGCUUCAACGUGAUCAAGCACCAGAAGAAGGUCGUCAAGGGCUCGAAGCAGUUCCAGAAGUUCUAAAUUUCUAACGUGUUUGCUUGACAUUGUCUUUUUUCUCGUUUCUUUUGGAAUACAAAGAAGCUAAAAGAGCGUCUUUAUGUGGGCUCUCGCUUGAACAUUAUAGCAUG